CCCACGUCUACACACACACCUUCCUCAACAUUUUCCAACCUCAGUCUCUCUCUCCCUCUCUCUCUCUCUCGGCUGCUCGAUGGGCUCCUGUCUCUCGUCGACCCGGCCGUCGCCGGUGUCUGACGGAACCCUAACAGGUAGCUACGAUGGGAAAGACCGCUUCGGCUCAAGGAGCUGGGGAGGGAGGAGGAUGGCGGGGAGAGAGAAGCAUAAGUGGGCUGGUGGCGCCCGCCGCGGCGGGGUAGCCGAUGGUGCCGGCCGCACUGACGAAGACGAGCUCCAAGGCGCGCCCGGUCGGAUGUCCUCGAAUGGCGCCAGCGAGGCGGCUUGCCUUUACACGCAGCAGGGAAGGAAGGGCACCAAUCAGGAUGCUAUGAUCGUGUGGGAGAAUUUUGCUUUAUUGAAAGACACUGUCUUCUGUGGGGUGUUUGAUGGCCAUGGUCCUUAUGGUCAUAUGGUUUCAAAGAAAGUCAGAGAUUCUCUUCCUCUUAAGUUCUGCACCAGUUGGAGAGCUAGUCUCACCAAUCAUGACAGCCCUGAUCUAAAUGGUAGCAUUUCUGGCAGUAUGAACUCUGAGGAAACAGUAUCAAUUAUUGAUGAUGACGGGCGUGAUGCUGUAGAUGAUGAAAAUGAAAAAUUACCAGAGAUAUAUCUUCCAUUGAAACAGUCUUUUCUCAAAUCUUUCAAGUUGAUGGACAAAGAGUUGAAGUUUCAUCCGACAAUUGAUUGCUUCUGCAGUGGAACUACAGCUGUCACUAUAGUAAAGCAGGGGCAGGAUCUUGUUAUUGGAAACAUUGGUGAUUCAAGAGCAAUAAUGGGAACACGAGAUAAGGACAAUAACUUGGUAGCCAUGCAGUUGACUGUUGAUCUGAAGCCCAAUCUUCCAAGGGAAGCUGCUAGAAUCCAGCAAUGUAAAGGGAGAGUUUUCGCACUGCAGGAUGAACCAGAAGUUGCACGAGUAUGGCUGCCAAACAAUGAUUCUCCUGGUUUGGCUAUGGCCAGGGCCUUUGGAGAUUUUUGUCUCAAAGAUUAUGGUCUAAUAUCAGUUCCAGAAAUUUCAUAUCACCGUCUGACCGAGAAAGAUGAGUUUAUUGUUCUUGCCACUGAUGGGGUAUGGGAUGUUCUUUCGAACAAGGAAGUUGUAGACAUUGUUGCAUCUGCACCCUCUCACAGCACUGCUUCUAGGGCUAUUGUUGAUUGCGCGGUACGUGCCUGGCGACUUAAGUAUCCAACAUCUAAGGUUGAUGACUGUGCAGUGGUUUGUCUAUUCCUGGAAAGCAUAUCGUCAUCUGAUCCAGCCCAGAUACUUAACCCUGAGAAGGUGUACACUGAGCCACCAGCUACAGCAAUGGGGAGCAUUAACGAAAAGCAAAUGGAGGGGAAGCAAGAAAUGCAAGAUUUCACCUCCCCAGAUGCUCCAACUGUGUUGGGACCAUCUUAUCAUGUUAUUGAAGUAGAUGAGACAGUUCGAGUUACUGAACAAGUGGAGAGUAUGCCAGAAAGGUCUCAAUCUAUCAGAAGCCUCGCCGAUUGCAUAUCCACAAGAGAGGAGGAGUGGUCUGCCCUGGAAGGUGUUUCCAGGGUGAAUUCCUUAGUCAAUCUCCCAAGAUUUUCAGCUGGUGAAAGGAGCUCCAUGAGUUGGAAAAAUUGGUUGUAAGAAGCCAAAAACACAAGCACCUUUGUUGUCGAAAUCCCUGUUUCCUUAAAUACCUAAUGCGACACAACAAGGGGAUGAAGGUGAAGCAAAAACAAGUUCAUCGCAUGGAUUUGAAGAUUUUGUUCUAGUAAAAGUAGUCUUUCAAUUUCGAUUGGCUGCAUUGCUUGUGGAAGCACCAUGUCUUUUCUCAUGGCACUGGCAGUGCAUGAAAGCCCCUCCUUUCCAUCUCGGCAUUCAUUGGUAAACAAUCCCGGUGGGUACUUACUGUGGAGAUAGAUGUAACUGAACAUGAUUGAAGCACAAUCAUUCGUCGCGUUGUUUAUCUCGGUAGCGUAUGUACAAGCAAAGUCCUUGAAAGCUCCACAACAUUGGUCAACCGGGUACCUCGGGCCCUUGCACCGGCUAGUAAUACUUGUGUAUUCAUGAACUCAAAGUUCACAGGGCAACCUACGGAGUUCCAUAGAUGAGUUAAACAAGUUCAUGAUCAGGUCAAAUGGGAAGGGCACAAGGACAAAAUGAGACUUCUCAAUUUCCUAUUUCCUCAACCUCUUUCUCUUUCAUAAGCUUUUAAUCCAUGCAACUCUUGCAAACAAAA